AUGACUACCACUGCAAAUAAUUCCCAUUUUGACUUUAUCAUUGCCGGCGGCGGCACUGCUGGAAACGCCGUUGCUGGCCGUUUGGCUGAAAAUCCCAACGUCCGCGUCCUAGUCAUCGAGGCCGGCACUGCAAACCCGCACCAAAUCGAAGACAUCACCACCCCAUCCAAGUCCUUUGGAAUCCGAGGCAGCAAGUAUGACUGGGCCUAUAAGAGCACCAUGAUCAAGCGAGAUGACUACGAACGCACCGAGAAACCAAACACCCGCGGCAAGAUUCUAGGUGGUAGCUCCUGUGCUAACUACUUCACCUGGAUCCCUGGAUCCAAAGCCACCUUUGAUGACUGGGCUGAGUUUGGUGGCGAUGAAUGGAUCUGGGACAAUUGCGUCGAUUAUCUCCGGAAAUGUGCGACCUAUCACGAUGAUGAGAAACUGUACCCGUCCGACCUCGACAAGAUCGGGACUGGUGGUCCUGUUCAGAUUGCCCAUGCGGAGCUUGUCCCGGAGCUUCAACCUUUCCGUGAAGCACUGACAAGUGCCUGGGUGUCGAAGGGUGAGCCUCUCUCAGAGGAUAUUUAUUCGGGUGAGAUGCAUGGCCUCACUCACUGUGUGGAUACGAUUUAUAAAGGAGAGCGCCAGGGUAGCUUCCUCUAUCUGCAAAACAGGCCGAACGUUACCAUUCUUUCAUCCUGCAAUACCAGGCGCUUAUUGAUCGAUGGCGCGAGCAAUACAUGUGUAGGUGUCUCUGUUGUCAAUCCAUCAACCGGCACCGAACACGACUUCUAUGCAGACCGGGAAGUUAUCGUUUCCCAGGGCGUUUUUGAGACUCCAAAGUUGCUUUUGCUUAGCGGCAUCGGCCCCGCAGCAGAAUUGGCCCAACACGGAAUCAAGACUGUCUUUGACUCUCCGCAUGUUGGUAAGCACUUGCUUGACCAUCCUAUCGUCCCUUUUGCCCUACGAUUGAAAGAUGGCUACACGCUUGACGACCACCUUUUGCGAGCGGGCCCUUCCAACGAAGCCGCAGUUGCCGCCUACCGACGAGACAAGACCGGCCCAGCAGCAUCCGGCCUUUUGGAACUCGUGGGCUUCCCCCGAAUUGAUGAGCGUCUGAACAAAUAUCCGACCUACCGCGAAGCCAAAGCAGCAAAUAAUGGCCUUGAUCCCUUUGGACCAGGUGGCCAACCGCAUUUCGAGUUGGACUUUGUGGGCAUGUUCAGCACUGCGUUCCAGUGGCACUACCCUGUGCCGAAGGAGGGUAGCUACAUGACGGUCAUUGUGGACCUUCUGCGUCCCGUGUCUGAAGGAGGCGAGGUCACGCUCAACAGCGCGGAUCCGCUUGUAGACCCCAACAUCAAUUUGAACUUUUUUGCCAACGACUUGGAUAUCUUGGCUAUGCGCGAGGGUAUCCGAUGGACCUAUGAUGUUCUUCUAAAUGGCCAGGGAUUCAAGGACAUUGUCGUCGGGGAGUAUCCCUGGGAGAUGCCUAUCCAUUCCGACGAGGCUAUGAACAAAGCUGUUUUGGAGCGGAGUCAGACUGGGUUCCACCCUUGUGGCACAGCACGUCUGUCGAAGAGCGCUCACCAAGGUGUUGUUGAUUCCAAGCUCCGUGUUCACGGUGUCAGGAAUCUUCGCGUCAUUGAUGCUUCUGUUAUGCCCGUCAUUCCUGACUGCCGUAUUCAAAACUCAGUGUACAUGAUUGGCGAAAAGGGUGCCGACAUUAUCAAGGCUCAGCACAAAGACUUGUAUGAGAUGAAGGGUAUUCCAUACUUUAUUCCAAGCAAGCUGUGA